GACAAAGAAAAUGGUCAAAUUGGGAUUGAAUUGAAUUGAAUUAAAUGAUAACCAGAAUAUCAAAUGCAAGGCGGACAAUACAAAGACGAGGAUUCCCUCCCACAGUUCAUUCCUUCUUCAGAUUCCGUAGCCCUAGUCUCUUCCCUGCAGCAUGUCGCCGUUCGGUAACCGUCACUGCACCUGCCGUCCUCCACUCGAGAACGAUUCUGAUUCUAGCUUCGAUCGAGAAGAAUUCGACCUAAAGAAGUGUCCACAUUGCAGAGGAUCCACCAUUCGUUCCUCCUCAUCGUCUUCUUUGCUAAGCUUUGAGUUGAUAGAAUUGAAGGAUUAUGAUAAGAAAUGGAGAGUUGCUUCCGCGGCAAUCAAAGGUUUCACUAUUGGAGCUGGUCUUAAAGGUGGACUAUCUCUCUUCUCAGUCCUUGGUCGACUCAGAAGUAGAAGAUUAAAGAAUGGAGCAAUCGGAAUCGCGUCUGUUAGUGAUGAUUUGGUUCUUGCAAUUAAAGAAACAAUCCGAUACGGUCUCUUCCUUGGAUGUUUUUCUGGUACGUUUGUUACAGUGGAUGAGGUUAUCGCGCAUUAUGGAGGGCAUCGGAGGACUGCCAAAUGGAGGGCAUUGUUGGCAGGAGCUAUAGCAGGGCCAUCUAUGCUUCUAACCGGAACGAAGACAACCCAUAUGAGUUUGGCAAUUUACAUUUUUAUGCGGGCUGCUGUAUUGGCGUCACGAUGUGGCAUUAAAAGCAAGAGAUUUGGGCAUAUAUGUAGACCUCUCACAUGGGCUCAUGGAGAUAUCUUUCUCAUGUGUCUUUCUUCUUCACAAAUCUUGUCUGCUUACAUAUUGAAAAAGGAAAGUUUGAGUCCGUCGUACAUAUCAUUUUUGAAUAAACAUGGUGGAAAGGUGGCCACUGUCCUGCAAGGUGUGAAAGAGAUGGCAUUUGGCUGGCCUUUGACUAGUUUGGAGGAAAUAGAGAACUACUACAAAAGUAUUGGAGUGGACAUUCAGUUAGAUCCAGAGAUGAAAGUCCCAUGCUCGAUUAUACAUGGAAAUCAAUCAUGUGGUGGACAUUUCUUUUCAUUUUUAAUUGAAGCAUUCAAAAGGGCAUUGCCGGUUUAUCUUCCAGUUUAUUUGAUCCCUGCUUUAAUAGUUCAUCGUCAAGGACUUCUUAACAGACCUUAUUCGAUUUUGGGCAAAGGCCUUAUUGGCACAGCAAGGUCAAGCUUGUUUCUCUCAUUUUACUGUUCAUCUGCCUGGUUGUGGACUUGUGUAUUCUUUAGGAUUUUCAAGAGAUGCAACAUUCCCUUGGCAGCAAUGGCUACGGUAAAACUGGUGCAAUAGUUGAGUUAACUCCUAGGGGGAAAUUUAUCAACUUGACAUAAUUUGAAAAAGAAUUCAUUUUUCAUUUUGCAGUUCCCUGCUGGUGUUGCGCUGGGAAUUGAAAAAAAGAGUAGGAGGAUGGAGAUAUCAUUGUAUUGCCUGGCGAGGGCAAUAGAGAGCUUGUUGACAGUAAUAAGCAUUGGGGGAUACUUUAAAUUUUCAAACAAAUUAGUAAAAAGAGGUGAUGUGUUUGUGUUUAGUCUCUCAACUGCAAUUAUCAUGCACUGCUACGCAAUGGAAAGGGAUGUCUUUCGAUCCAAGUACUUGAAUGUUCUUGAUUGGGUUUUUGGAAUCCCUGUCCACCCUUCCGAAACGCCUAGGAAGAAUGAAUGAAUGAAUGGAAUGUUAACGCAUUGCUGGAUGAUUUUAAGUGAUGAAGAAUAUAUGUAGCAUUUCCUCCAGGCUCCAUCUCAAGUAAGUCUACUGAAUUUGGAUUCUAUUCUACUCUUCUAAUUGAAAUUUGACAUGCAACUUAAAACAAAGAAAGCAUCCAGUUUUCCUUGACAUUUCGAGAAUAAUACUAAUAAUAUUAUAUAUAAUUUUCAUUAUGAACCACUUUGGAAACAUCUGUAUAUAAAAAUUGUAAAUCGAUAAACUUAUUUGAAUCAGAUUACUUUUGAAAACUAAAUUUAAUUUUUAUACAAUUUAAAAGAAGAUAGUUUUUUGGUUGAUACUCAUCUGCACCCAAAAUGUUUUUUAAAUGGAUCCAAUUUUUAUGAUUGUUAGUUUACAAGCACAAAUUUGUUGAUUUUUUUUUCGUAAUCUGAUUGUUGAUAGUGUUUUAAAACCAGGACAGGUCUGACUGAGAUGAAACCUUAAUGCUCUUGAUUCACAGUGUUCAUAUGAUGAAGAAGAAAAUGAGAGCUAUGAAAUAUCAUGUAGCCAAUUUGUUAUAGUUUUUGUUUGUAGAAUCAAUAUACAUACUAUGGCUGCACUCUUUGCUUUGUAAUAUACAUCAACCUUUUUACACUUCAUGUCCAAGAAGAAAGAAUGAAUUUUGAAUAUCUUAGUUGAA